UCCAUGGAGGGGUCAUUUGACCCCUUGACCAUUUGAGUGGGGUCAUGAAAGUGGGUCCCCCCCCCCACUUCCAUAGCCCCAGUCUCUCUGCACAGACUGGCCCCAACCCUAGGACUCACAGAUCUGCCUUCUGGGAAUCCCUGGGGUGGCCCAAGGCAGCCUGUCCUCCUCAGCAAGAGAUCACACAGCCAACUUCCUCCAUCCAAAGCCUUCCAGAACCUCACCACUGGCUUUGCCAACAUGGUGGACAUUUCCCCUUCUCAGAACAUAAGGGAGUGAGAUUCUCUGGCUGCUCUUUCCAUGAGUGAGCAGGUGAGGGGGGAGAAGGAGGGCUGUAGCACUUGGGGAAGGGGCUCUCUUAGAAAGUUCCUGGAAGGUGAGAGGGAACAGGAGGGGAAGAGACAAUACUAGUGGCAUAGAGGAUGGGGUCUGCCCAGAGCUGGAGCCCAUCUGGAUCCCAGUGUACCCUCCCAGAAGUUCAGGGUUGGCACCAACCCACUUUAGGGCCUUAACAAGGUUGCUCCGGCUGAGGUCUGGUCCCCCACAAAGUGCUGACUCUGGAUCGGAUGUGAUGAAUGAGGGAAAAUGACUGUAGCAAUUGAGUUCAUGGCAAAUGCUUGUGUGUGUGUCCCCUCAUUUAAAAAACAAUCUCUGUGCAUUGUUGAUUCUGGGACUGUCCUCUCUCUGCCUCUCUGGAGAAUUUUAUGGGAUUGCAAGCUUGGUUUAGAAUGUAGGAAAAACACCUACCCACCCCGUGCUGUGCACAAAGUAGGAGCCUAGUGAAUGCAUGUGCCUUUUCUUUAGCCAUUCAAAGUGGUCACUUGGGGUUGAGGGAAAAGGGGCUUCCCCAGCCUAGAAGCUGAUGGGCCUUUGGUCCCUGCCUCCCCUCCUUCUUCCCUUUCCAGCUGAGGACAGAUACCUGGAUGUCAUAACAUACUCCGUGUCCUCAUCUGUAUAUUCUGGGACACAGGCUGGGGAGGGUACCUGAGUAGGUCCCCUCUGACUGAGGAUGGACUUUCUUGCACCAUGGGCUGCCCUGUACCAGUCCCAGGAUGGAUGCAGAAGGGUGAGGCACUGAUCCUGCUCGUUGGGCAGGAUGCUGGCAGGAGGGCGGGGAUGAGCAAGGGCGGGGCUUCCAGAACAAAGGAGAAUGGGGAGCCCUGGGGGCCCAGGCUAGGCAUCAAAAAGGCUCUGCAGAGUGAGCAGGCUAUCGCAGCUGCCUGCCUCUGUGUCCAGCAGUCAGUCAGCCAGCUUGCGCCGGUCCCUUCUGCCUGCCCCAGACGGGCACCAAACAACACUCUGCUUAGAAAGGCCUUGUUCUCCAGCGUGAUUGCGCCGACACUGCUCUGUGGUUUUCUCUACUUGGUGUGGGUUGCUGCUGCAGUUCCAGAGGAGGGCAGAGGGAUGGCUGAGAGUGGAGCCAGGAGCCGGGAGGGCCGUCGGGAGCAUGCCUUCAUCCCGGAGCCCUUUGAUGGAGCCAACGUAGCCCCACACCUCUGGCUGCACCGCUUCGAGGCCAUCAAUGACCUCAACCAUUGGGACCAUGUCACCAAACUAAGGUUCCUGAAAGAGUCCCUCAGGGGAGAUGCCCUGGAGGUCUACAGUGGACUCAGCCCCAAGGACCAGGAAGACUAUGGGGCUGUGAAAGAGACCCUCCUGAAGGCCUUCGGGGGGCCCGAGGCCACCCACAGCCAGCUGCCCAAGGAGAUCGUCUUUGCCAACAGCAUGGGUAAGGGCUACUACCUCAAGGGGAAAAUUGGCAAAGUGCCCGUGAGGUUCCUGGUGGACUCGGGGGCCCAGGUCUCUGUGGUCCACCCCAACUUGUGGGAGGAGGUCACAGAUGGUGACUUGGACACUCUGCGGCCCUUUGAGAAUGUGGUAAAAGUGGCCAAUGGGGCUGAAAUGAAGAUCCUGGGCAUUUGGGAUACAGUGGUGUCCCUGGGCAAGCUGAAGCUGAAGGCAGAGUUCCUAGUGGCCAAUGCAAGUGCUGAAGAAGCCAUCAUUGGUACCGAUGUGCUCCAGGACCACAAUGCCGUCCUGGACUUCGAGCAUCGCACGUGCACCCUGAAGGGGAAGAAGUUCCGGCUCCUGCCUGUUGGAGGGUCCCUGGAAGAUGAGUUCGACCUGGAGCUCAUAGAGGAGGAGCCCUCCUCAGGGGAGGGGGGACAGCAGCUCUCCUACUGAGAAGCCCCCUUUUCUUUACCCCUCAAACAUUGGUUGGAAGACCCACCACAAUGGAGGGGAGGGGCAGAUAUCCUCACUGGGGUCACUGGGUUUUGCCAGCCCUCUGGGUUUUGCCUCCUCCUCUUUGCAGGGGCCUUAAGCUGCCGCUGGUGGGGGAGGCUUCUAUCUGAAAAGGCACAGGUGAGGGAGAACAGGCUGUCCAUCUCAGUGGGAGGGAGAGUCCUCGUGGUGGUCAAGCGGUUAUUGCUGCCAAAGAUUUAAGGCUGGAAGAAGGUUCCAAGAAGGCUAGAAGUGAUUGUCUUGGAGAGAGAACUGGGGCACCCCGUCAGAUCGAUCCCCUGAGUUAUGGCUCAGUCACCUUGAGGUGCAUGCAGUUUAUUUCAGCUGGGCUGGGUCCUGGCUGCAAGAUCCUCACAGGCAAGACCCAGUGCUUGCGGAUGAGGGUCACAGCUGCUCUGGGAUUCUUCUCUGUUGGGUCUUCCCACCUACCUGUAUGAUGUAGUUUCCUUCUGUCAUUGCUUUGAAACCCAUCGAGCCUUAUGCCAAUAAUUCAUUACUUCAAAAACCAAUAAAAAUUGACUCAUGGAAAAACCACAUAAUGUGUUGACUGGGGAUGAAUGGAAUGGAUGUGAGAGGCUGGGUACAACAGGGAGAAAAUGUCAAAGAGAAGGAAGAUCUAGUCAGUGAGUGACUAGC